AUGAAUCCUCACAAACCAAGAAGAGAAAUUAGAAACACACUGGAGGCAUUUAUUGCCGAGUCCAAUAGACGAAUAGCUAGAUCAGAAAGAGACGCACGGAGACUAAAUGAAGAACAAGGUGUAAACCAUAUUGAAGAAUCACUACUGAACGCAUUAAACGGUGCCAUGCAUACGUUUGCACAAGAACUAGAGCAUCAAUUUGAAGCAAUAGAGAUGGAGGAGCUUCAACACAAUCGAAACAAUGAUCCUUUCCAUGUAAACCCACCACCACCACCGCUCGAUAGGCUAAGGAAUUUAAAUUUGCCAGCUCAAGAGCGGAGACCUGUCUCAUGGUUUAGAAGAUUUAUCAGAAACAUUUUAAUGUUUGAUUAUUUACUAAUGGUGAUGUUGUUCCCAUUUUCCAUAUAUAACUUGAUCAAGAGUGGAUUUAAUUGCAUUACAUUUUCCGAAUCAGAUUUCCUAUGGGAUAUACUAUUCUAUUUCAGAUUUGUUGGCCCGACUUUGGUCCCGACCAAUAUGAACAUAAGAAUUACAGAUGAAGAGGAUAUAGUAACGUUUGGAUUACUGGGUACGUUCCAUAACGUUGUCAUCUACUACACGGAGCCCCUAUUGCGCCGAAUUGUGCGAUUCCACAACCAUAAAUGGUUGAUACGGAUGUACAGUAUCAUGGUCAAGAUAGUCACGGCAUGCCUGUACCUGACAUAUGGAUUAAGUGGGACCACGUAUCUCCUGUUGGCCAGUUUCUUCUUCUCCCUCGUGAUGGGAUGGACACUAAUGAGGCGAUAUAGGGCUGUUUACGCGAUCGUCGCGCACGAUUUAGGACAAUAA